GUAAAUAUCUUAAUAAAUGUAGGAUUCAGCCAAUAAACCACUCUAUAAAAUUACAGUUAUGAAAGGAAGGUUAUUUGAAAAGUAGCCGCCAUAUCGAAUGAUAAUCUGCUUUAAAGUGAUAACAUAUAUCGAAGAGUCGAAGUCGCAAAGUAGUCGCGGUCUGUCUGGUACUUUUAAGACGAAUUUCUUAACAUACAUCAGAAGCGAAUCUUUUGUCGUUUUCGAAUAUUAUAAAAAUAAUAUGCCGUUAAAUUAUUUAAUAUAUGUGAAUUUAAAAUCGUAAGUCAAAUAAAUAAAUACUUUGUUAGAAAUCGUCGAAUGGCCUUUUUUAUAAAUCGUGCGAUGCGAUCACAUGGAGAAGGCAAGAGAAUGUCAACGAUCAAUAGUAUUACGAAAAUGAAUUGGUGAUUUGGACGUUGAAAAUUUUGUGUACAACAUGGUGUCCGGGGAUCACGAAAGAUUGCUGCCUGAACCGGAGAAUUACAUGAAAUGUUUUUACGAUUUGUUUAAAAGUAUUGCUGAAGCACAGAGAAAUAAGGAAGAAUGGAAAAAAUGUAAAAAAAAUAAAUCUGUACGUAAAAGGGAUAGAAAGAAGAAUGACUUAAGUGGUGAUUUAAAUUACACUAAUCCACCAGAAAUAGAAUUAUCCUGCAAUGCUUCUGCAUUUGCUGUAUUUGCUAGCGUCAGGAAUGCUAUUUUGGAGAGGCAUGCUAAAACAAAUGAAGUUUGUAGCGUAUCAAAUUAUAAUUGUCCAUCCUCGCCAGAAUAUUGUGAAACUACUGAUACUGAAAGUGAUGAUGAGGAAAGAAUGUCAACUUUACUGAGCUUACCAAAGAUUGUAGGUAUUGGUUUACGAAGUGUUUUUACAUUGAUGAGAGAAAGUAGAACAAUUGAACCUGGUUUGUGUACAAAAGCACUGUCAGCAUUGUUGGAUGUAUUACAAGGACAACUUCCUGAAGGCCUUAAAUCUGAACCAGAUGAUGUUAUUGAUCCACUUUUUGAUCUAUUAUUGGAUCUUGCAACUUCACACGGCCCAGAAUCAGCAGCUGCCAAUGAUGGCAGUCAUUUGACUGCAGUCGCUUGUGCAUGUUUACUGAGUCUUGUGGUUGUUAGAGGAGAUACUGGUCGUUUGUUGGCAGCAAUAGCAGCUUUACUCAUGUGUCCAAGAGCAUUAGCAAUUCAAAAUAUUCAAAUGCCAUGUGUAUUAACAACCUUGCAAAGAAGUGUACAAGCUGUUUUACUUGGAAAACUUGUACGGCCAGACUGGAUUACAUAUGGAGUUCCUAAGUGUGCUAAGAUUUAUACUUCUACGCUUAAGUUACCAAAUGAGAUAAAUAAUAUAAUGCUAAAUGGACGAAGUUUUGUGAGCGAUGGAAAGUACCUGUAUCUGCAUACAUGUAGAGGAUUAUUGAAGAUUGGUAGUGGUCAUGGAGGAACUAUUUGGGGUCAUGUGUAUGUUCAUAAAGCGGACUUUUAUCCAACAGAAACGGGUUGGCUUGGUUAUGCCAAUAACACGCUGUAUUUUAAAUAUACACCGAGGAAACAAAGCGAGUUAUUAAUUAUUGAUGCAGAAACUCUUUCAGUUACGGAGAUUGCCGUUUUAGAAGGUCGUGACUGGUCAUCCUCUGUUAUGUUUUCCGAUGGUGAAUGUCUAGGAAUGAUAACUGCUGGAAAAGAUGAUGGUUUUGUAGUCAGAACAAUAAAUACAUUAAGUAAUCCAGUAACAGUCGCAUCAGAAUUGCCGUUAAAAUUGGCAAGAAAAUGUGUAGAUGUUUUUGGAUACGCUGCUUUUGAUGAAGAACAAACCAGUCAUAUAUUAUUUCCAGGCUGUGAUGAUGAAAUAGCUACACUUACUGCAGCAAAAGAAUUUGUGUUACUAAGAACUAUGUCUGGAAAAGUUCUGUAUAGUGGAAAAGGAAGUUCCCUUGGUAUGAAAAGUAAUACAAGGUCUAACAGAUGGAUAGAAGUAACACUUCCAAGAAGACAGAGGAUUGUAAAUGUUGCAGCUGGUCAUGAUGGUCAACAUAUGGUGAUGGUUGUAGAAGAUGGUUCAGUUUUAUUUGCUGGGACUGCUAGGCGCGGAGAAGACGGUGAUAAUAACAAAGUUAGACGACAACCUAAGCCAGUUAAACCAAAAAAGAUAUCAAAAGUAGAAGGGCAGUUUAUUGUGAAUGCAGCCUGUAAUAAUGGAUCAACUGCAUUAGUUACAAGGGAGGGUUCCUUGCUGAUGUUUGGCAAAGAUACAUUGCAUAGUGACCCGGUUUCAGGAUUAGUUACAGAUCUCUGCGAUGUUUGUGUUGUUCAUGUUUCAUUAGGCAAAGCUCAUGCUGCAGCGUUAACUAACAAAGGACAUUUGUAUACAUUUGGAAUUAACAAUAAAGGACAAUGUGGUAGAGAUUUUAAUACAGUUCAUAGUUCUAUAAAUAAAGAUGUCUCCUCAGUUGCUGUAGAAAUAGGUACAGCAGAGGAUGAACUUUUAGUAACUGAAGAGGAUGGUAUGGAAGCUACUGAAGAAUGGGAAGAAACAAAAGAAAUGUGUCCACCAGGAUUACAUCAAUGGAAGCAUCGUGUUUGCAUGGUUUGCACAGUAUGCCGAGAAUGCACUGGCUAUAGUAUAUCAUGUUUAAGCAGUAUACGUCCAGAUCGAAAUCCAGGCCAGGAAUGUGGAUGUGGUGAAGGGGAUAGUGGAUGCGCGGAAUGUGGAUGCUGUCGCACCUGCGCAAGGAAAAGUUGUACUAGUGGUAGAUCAAGUUCAAAUUUUCGAGAAUAUUUACAAAAAUGCUUAGGAGAAAUAAAGCAAAAACAGAGAACGAAAGCAGGCCCGAGUACUGUGAAGUAUGGAUUGAAAAUGAAAGGUCCGAAUAAUCAAAGAUCUGGGCCAAGUGUGAUUCAAAAAAUUGCUGGGAAAGUGGCGUUAGGAUUAGGUACUAAUUUAAUAAAUGAGGAAGGUAUUAGCGGAAGUGACAUUGAACGAGGUGAUGCUGCAAGAAUUGCUAGUAUAUCACCAGCUAGAGUUCCUAUACCUAGUGAAAGUCCUGUGGUUCAAGUAUCAUGUGGCUUACAUCAUACAGUGGUACUCUUACAAAAUGGAGAAGUUUAUACAUUUGGUAGUAACAUAUAUGGUCAGUUAGGUGUAGGAGAUUUGAUAGCACAUGCUGGUCCAGUUCAUGUUAAGCUACCAGGGAUUGCAACACAAGUUGCUGCUGGAAGCAAUCACACCGUUGUACUUACAUCAAAGGGGGAAGUGUUUACAUUUGGAGCUUAUCAAAAAGGACAAUUGGGCAUAAAUUGGUGGAAUGGACCAAAUGAACUAUCAAAUUCUUCUCCGCAAGUUAGUCGUCGUCCUGAUAGAACACAGCCCCGACAUUGUUAUCCUAAUGUAGUUACAAAUAUUGGUCCACAAUGGGGUAGAAGAGCAACAUGGAUUGGUGCAAGUGGAGAUCAAACUUAUGUCAAAAUUGAUGAAAUAAAUUCUAUUAGUUUAACAAGGAGUACUGUUAUGGCAAAUAAAAAUUGCAUAAUUUUAAUUCCACAUCAAACUGAUCAUGCAAAUUCUUUCAAAUGUUUAGUUAUAAACAAAAGAGAUGGCACUUGUAACAGUUACAGUGGAGCAGAUCAAGUUGAUUUCAGUAAUUGUGCGACGUGUUUAGAUCCUCUGUAUAACGUGAUUUGGACUUUUAAUCCUAUAAAUAGUGAAAUAAGUUUAUAUAAUAUUAUAUCAACAGAAGCUAGAACAAUUCCUGGAUUGGAAGAAUCCAUUUUGAGUACAGGUUUAGCAUUACCGGUAGUUUCAAACUGUUUUGUAACACGUUCUCAGGCUGCAAUGCAUUUAUUGGGUUGUUUGGAUACUCUUACACAAGCACAAGAUGAAAAUUUCUCUAUAGCAGAUGAAGAUGAAUAUAACCAAUCUAGACACGGAAAAGCAUAUAGUCGUGAAGAUUUUGUUACAGUUAAUAGAUUUGAAAGCCACGGUGGCGGUUGGGGAUAUUCUGCACAUUCCAUCGAGGCUAUUAGAUUUAUGUCUGACACUGAUAUCAUGUUAGGAGGAUUUGGAUUGUUUGGAGGUCGAGGAGAAUAUAUAGCAAAAAUAAAAGUCUUUGAUAUUGGAUUGGAUGGAGGAGAUCAAGAAACUGAUGGCGAGCUUCUAUCAGAAUCUGAGGAAAUACCAUAUGAAUGUGGACCGAGACAGAAAUAUUCUAUUUUAUUUUAUGAACCAGUUCCUGUUAUAGCAAAUAGAUGGUAUGUUGCGUGGGCUAAAAUUAGCGGCCCUUCUAGCGACUGUGGUUCUGGUGGUCAAGGAAUGGUCACAACAGAAGACCAAGUUAUGUUUUAUUUUAAAUCUUCGAAGAGAUCCAAUAAUGGAUCCGAUGUAAAUGCCGGUCAAAUUCCACAAUUAUUGUAUCGAACUGUUGCACCCGAUAAUCCAACUUCUAAUAGGCAAAGAGAUCGAUCUGAACCCGUUUAUGUCUUAAAAAGAGAUUUCAGCAGAACAGUCACUAAAGAAUGUUUCCAAUCAUUAAUAUCUCUCCUUCAGUGGAGUUGGAAUACAUUAAAAGCAACAUUAAAUGAUACCAUAGCUCAUGCCACUUCAUUUCACGCAAUCCUUGAAGUGGAACGUUUAGUUUACAUUAGUAAAGCUAGUUUACGGUUACUUAGAACCUACAUCAAUGAGAUUUAUCCUAAUCAAGUGGGAAAGAAAACUCCAGCUGAAUCAGUACGACUAGCAGAAUGUAUUGGUGAAGUACGUGCAUUGUUACAUCAAAUUUUAUCCGAUACUAUACCAUUAAAUACGAAAAGCAAAGGAAAGACGCGACUAAGCAAAAGUCCUAGUGCCAUAAAUAGUAAGAUGACAAAUAGUAUAUUAGACGAAUGUCACAGAACAUUUGUAGCCUGUUAUCAUGCAUUUUAUCCGACAGCGUCUUUGAAGUGGACAUGUCUAUGCGAGCUACUAUCAGAAAUUGACAGAGAGCAAGGGCAAUCCGCAAAAGAUCGAUUGUUAUCGGCUGUUUUAGCAGCACUGUGCAAUCCUACUAUUCGUCUUCGAUGUACAUUCCCAAUUCUAAAUAACAUCAUGGAUAGCAGUGAUAGUAUAAAACGGCAACUUACUCCAUCCGAUAAUACGGGCUUAGUAAUGAUAAAUUCAACCGAAAGUCAUCAAUACCCAAUUUUAGUCGAACAAAUUAGUCAUAAAUCUCAAGUGGAAAAUUCUGGCAAAGAACCAUUAAACUGGUCAUUUCGUGAGGUUCUUGAUAGACUAUUAGAUUUGAUUCUAGUUCCAGUGAAGAAAAGUCUUUGUAGAAAAAAGACACAAUCACUGCCGGAACUGGUACUUCAUUGUAGCUAUUUGUUAGCGCGAGUGAUUGCUGAAUUAGCGGCACAAUCUAGUGGGAACGAGGAUGAACUCCAAGCAGCCUGCGGCAGACUUAUGUAUACUACACCUUCGAGAUUUACCCGAGUAAAUCAAACAAGAUCGUGGAAUACCGGUAAUGGUUCUCCAGAUGCAAUUUGUUUUUCAGUCGACAGACCUGGUAUCGUUAUCGCUGGAGUGGGUAUUUAUGGAGGUGUUGGAAUGUAUGACUAUGAAUUAGAAUUACUUGACGACCAAAAUAACACAGGCAAUGAUCCAUCUCACACUCAACGUUGGAGUAGUUUGGAUUUUACAAGAGGCUCUUUCGGACCAGAUGACUGUGUUAAUGAUAUAGUAGAGUUAAAAUUUGAUAAACCUGUACCCAUUAAGGAAAAUGUAAAGUACGCUAUUAGACUGAGGAAUCGUGGAGGCCGUACAAGUAAUGGCGAUGCUGGUUUAAGCGUCAUUAAAGGACCUGACGGAACUACGUUUACCUUCACGGCCUGCUCCUUAAGCUUCAAUGGUACAACACAGACCAGAGGUCAAAUACCGCACAUACUUUAUCAUUCAAAUCCCCAAGACUCUGACGGUCAGCAUACAAGUAAAGCAAUGGUUGAGGUGCAAGCAAGAAAAUGUGCUCUUGCUAUGACAGCUACAAUUAUUCAAAGAUCAAACGAAAUUUUUACGUUAGCUAGGGAAAGGGCGGAAGAAAUGGUAGCUACUGAAGUUCUUGGAAAUGCGAUAUUUGUGACAACUCUUCUACCAUUGGUUAUGGCACAUAUAAGUCCUCUGACUACAUCGGACCCUAGGAGUAGUGUACAAAUUCUUACUUUAAUUCAAGAAAUGUUACCCCAUGUUGCGGCACUUAACCUGCUGUCUGCAAUGGGAUCGUCUGAAAUAUCCCAAGAAAGUGAAGCUCAAUCUCAUGUUUCCACACCCAUUACUUCUAGUCAUCAUUAUACUUGGCUGGAAAGCGAUCAUCCUUAUAAACCUGCUACCGUGUCUCGCUAUAAGGUCACCUUCCCAGAAACGGUCAAGUGGUUAACCAUCGAAUUCACACCAGAAUGCGGCACAGCUCAACCAGAAGAUUAUUUACAAUUGUAUAUUCCAAACAAAAUCUCUUCUUCUCUUACGGGGAUAGGCAUAUCAACAGAAGAUGUACCCCUACAUUGGCCUGUAUUGCAUAAAUUGAGUAAUGUACCAAGUCAAUGGCCUCAAAACGCGGUCGUAUUACCAGGAAAUGAAGUUACGUUUUCGUUGGAAACCGCUUCCGAUUACAUGAAGAACGACAGAGCAGUUACAUACGGAUUCAAAUGUCUGGUUAUUGGAUACGAAUGGAUAACAUCGGGAAAUGGUUUGAAAAACCUGGAAAUUGAAUUAUCAUUUCUUGGUGGUGCCUGUGCCGCGAGUCUCAUGAAGAGAAAUCUUCCGUUACCGUCCCUGUCUAACGAAGAAGUGGAAGAGGAUUUGGAACUCAUGCAAGAAACUGCAAAGAGGAUUUUCUCCGCACACUCAACGUUACUUGGACGAGGAUUCGCUCUAGCUUCACCUCCUACGGUCCUCCAGGCGCUCGACGGUGUGCUUCCAUUCAGUGGUCACUCGAACGAACGACUCUUUCUACGAGACUUCGUAUCUUGCUCGACUGGCACCAGCGGUGGUCGUUUGGCAAGAUGGUUACAGCCAGACAGUUUCAUAGAUCCCUCGAAAUGCGAGGCACUUUACUCCAAGGACGAAGUGAAGUGCGGAUGCCCUGCCAUAGUUACCAUAUUCACCAAAGACCAGUACGGCGAUGUUGUUCAUGCAUCCAAUGUGAAGAUAGAAGUAAAAGCUGUACCUAUAGACAAGAGGGAAUUAGGAGAUUCCGAGCGAGUUUCCCAAACUGACCCAGUGACCUCCGAUGGUCAGCCACAGCCACCAAUGGAUGUACCGUACGAAGUCACGAUAAACAACAAGACUUGCUUCUACGCGAUUACAGUCAUGUCAGCUUAUCAAAAUUAUUCCUUCGAGGAGUUAAGGUUUAUGUCACCGGCUAUAAAAAGAUCAAGCGAAAACAUGCUAGUUAGAUCUAAUAGCGAUGGGAGUUAUAGCGCAACGUGGACACCGUCGUCAAUAGGAUGGUAUUCUCUUUUAAUCACAAUUGAUGGAUACAACAUGGAAGAUAAAUAUGAAGUAGAAGUAAAGGAAUCUCCGCAGGGUAAGCAACCACCGACUCAAAACAUCGUGAAGAAGCCCCAGCAUCAGCCGAGUAGAUUAAGAAAAUUCGUGGCAAAGAAUAGCUCUGGCUUAAGGAUCAGAGCGCAUCCGUCUCUUCAAAGCGAGCAAAUUGGCAUCGUUUUGGUUAAUGAUACCAUAGCCUUCAUAGACGAAAUUCAUAACGACGAUGGUGUUUGGCUACGACUAAACGCGGAGACGAUAAAGGAAUAUUGUAGCAGCAGUCAUCUGGAAGCUUGGUGUCUGCAAUACAAUCAACACUUGGGAAAAACCUUGCUUCUUCCCGUCGAAGAGCCUAAAUCGAUUUUGGAUCAAGUAAUCAAGGAAACUAUCUUACGGAAAAAACCGGAAGUAGUUGACGACAAAAGGAAGACGGUAACGUUCGACGGUGGUAAGAAUAUGGUCGUCGUAAAGUGCGGUGCUUCCGGCCAUAAUAUCAGAAGUAGGCCAGGAUUAAAUGCUGCACCGGUAGGAAAGCUAGCUCUUGGUAACGCGGUGACCAUUCAAGAAUACUUUGUCAAUAGCGAAGGUACUUGGGUACGCAUGGACGACGAAUCGAUGGGGAAGUACUGCUUUCGGAAAGGUCAAGUAACCCACGCUGAAGCCUGGUCUCUCGCUGUCAGCAAACAUGGCAUUACUUACAUGAAGAUCGAGCAAGACUCCGAAACCAACCCAGUGGAAAAGAAACCCGCGGCAGCAGAUCCGUCCGAGUUGCCCAAUCAGAAAGGCUUCGAGUUCUGUGCGCCUUCUGUGAGUCAUGAGGGCUUCAAUUUCACCGGGCAAAAUUUAACACCAGGUACAGCAGAAUCUGGAGAGGGUAGUAAUACAAAUCCAUUCGUUUUUGGUUCAUACAAUCAACACGAUUCAUCAGGAAGCGAUAAAUUUACUCCAGAGAAAACGGACGUUUCGCCGAAGUUCUCCAAGCCACAUUCUAAAGAGAGGGUGGCGAAGGAGAGGGAGAGAGAAGGGGGCGGUGGGAAGUUGAGCGUCUUACAAAAGUGGUUGAGAGGCGAUGACAAAUGUCACGGGGAGAAAAGAAGCUCACCUGGCAGAGACUUCUCUGAAUUCGUCGGAGUAUCCGUAAAGGAACUGGUGAAAGCUAUUGGAGAAAGUAGAGCCAACGGUAAUGGACCUACGCCACCGGAUACACCGAGAAGAUUAUCAAGAAGUUCAUCACCAAAGAACCCCCAAGGUGGGUCACCAAGAUUUCAGAGCCCGUCCUCUAGCCCGGUUCCAAUACCUGCUGGGUCCAGUCGGCAGCCAGUUGGUUCUGGUAAUUGCCUCUUCCCUCCUGCUACUCAUGCACCAGGUGGGAGAAGUUUGAUAGGAGGGGGAGAUAGUAUCAGCAGCAGCCCUGUGCUGUGUGGCUCCCCCCGAAGUGUCGGUCUCUCCCCGUUAGUUUCUGGUGGGAUAGUAGACAGUAUAACGUCACAGCGACGGGGAUCAACACAAAGCGACACAAGUGCCUUGGUCAGUAGUUUAACAAGGGAUCCUUCGCAAUCUCCAAGUGCUGUCAGCACAACUGCCAAUACUCGCGACCUCUCUCCAAGCCCGAGUUGUAGUUCUUUACACAUGAGAUCCGAGGGUAGUAUAGCCAGUCCACCCGAUACUCCAAAACAAGAAGGCGGAGAUUCUCAAGAAAGUCCAAAGAAAGUUUCCCAAGCACAGACGCAGACGAGUCCUGACAGCGCGACUACAGCUAUGAAAGGUCACUUUAGUAUAGGUUCUACUGGACCAAAAGAAGGAGUGAAAUUAGUCAGAAGAGAUCACACUAAAGUAGUGAAAACCAGAACGAAACGUACCAUGUCUCCAACUAAUGCUCAACAAAGUACAAACACAGUUCAAAGUAGAACGUUGAAUUUAAGUAAAGAUAAGGUGAAAGAUGCCAUCAGUCCAUCCGUAGCCGAAUGUUUGAGAGCGGUAUUUGCAGCGUUCCUCUGGCACGAAGGAAUCGUGCACGAUGCAAUGGCUUGCGCCAGUUUUCUUAAGUUUCAUCCUAGUUUACCGAAGCAGGGCGCACUUGUUGUGACCAGGCAAACAGUGAUACAAUCGGCGGAUAAACAGAAGCAGGAACAGAAAGCUAGACAAAGACAUUCCGUCGAAGUGAUCAACGCUGGAAACUACUUGUAUAUACAACCGAGCACUGUAGAAGCUUUAACACGGUCUGCCGCGAAUGCUAAUGCAAAUAGAAAUAGAAAGAAGCAGAAGACAGUCAUUAAAGAAGACGUACAAGAAGAAGGAAAGUUGGAUUCUUUGCCAGAAUUUCAAACGGUUACGGUAUUACCGCCGGCACUGAAAUGCCUUGUGUUCUUGUGGGAGGAACUUAGUAACAGUUGUCUUCAGACAAUAGAACAACGCUCGAUAUUGCCAAGUCCGAUAUCACAGAUACAAGCAAUGAAACUGGGAAAACGACCAGAAAAGCGACCACGGGAAGAUAAACUCAAGGAACGCGAAAAGAAAAGCAGUAGAAAGAAGAAAGAAUGGAAACCAGCUAGCAAAGGAAAUGGACCUGAAGUAUUAGUAGGAAUAGAACGAGAAACAAUCUGCGAAUUAUGUGGUAUGAUGUUUCCUCAUCCAGUGACGUAUCACAUGAAGAUGAUGCAUCCCGGUUGCGGAUGGCACGCAGGAGGAAAAGGAUACAACAGCGGAGGGAACUAUUGCAUCGGCUGGGCGGGAAAUUGUGGUGACGGUGGAAUUGGUGGAAGUUCGUGGUAUCUCAUCUGUGAUACGUGUCGCGAUAAAUAUCUACGAGCCCGAAAACUUAAACUCGCAAAAAAGUUUUUGACUGGAAUGACGAAGAAAAAAAAUGGUUCUUCCAAGAUCGUAUCGCCAGUUAUUAGCCCUAGUGCAACUGAGACACAUAUAAUCAUGAAGAACAAUGCUAUGUUUCUCUUAGACUUGGCUAGCGCAUCCGGAUUAAAUAUUCCGAAACAGCAGAGACGGCCUUCCCAGACAUUGUCGUCUGUGGCAGAAAAUUACAGCCCUCCGGAAGCAGCUGGACCAUUUCCACCGACUGGACCGUUUCAGUGUUUGCAAGCUUUAGGUGUUCAUCAUUCGCAGAGUCACGAUGAAAGAUAUUACGAGGAGACUUUAAGACGCCAAAAUGGACACCAAACAGCGUACGAUGGGAACAAUGUCAUGGCUAAUACUACGAACGGAAGGCCUUUGUCGGAAAUGCCUUUGAGUGAUAGCGACAGUGAAGGUGGUAAAGGUCGCGGAACAUUUCACCGGUCUGUGUCGAUGUCUACUGGUGCCCCUUGGACCAGAAAUUCGAACGAUGGUAGAGUCGUCGUGUUGCGAAAACGAAACAAUAGUAGUAGCGAAAUGAAUACUGACGCCGGGUCAUCUCUUCUAUGCUAUCCUUCUGCCGCGUUACAAAAGUUAGUACCAUCGAUAAAUCAAUCGGCGAUUGUCUCAACAAAUCAAGGAGAAGACGCGAGUAAUGAUAGAAUAGAAAUCCUCAUGAGACCGGUGAUGCUGUUUGUCCUACAACAACACAAUUUACGACAUCUACAAUAUGCAAUGAAGCAAGCGCUAAGACAUGCUGCUUGCAGAGUUUAUGCGAUGCAAGCAUUGAACUGGCUACUAAGGAGUGUAACACAGCCUAUUUGCCUCCAUGAUUUAUUAUGGUGGUUUGUUGCGUCUCUGACACCCACAGCAUCGUCUGAAAUUCCAGAUGCGAACGAUGAAGAUAACAAAACCGAUAAAAAGGAUGACCAUGAAAUGAUCGGAGUAUGUGAACACCCUCUAAGCGAUCUUGUCAUAGCAGGUGAAUCUGUCAAUCCAUUACCAACCGUAUUUCAUACUUUGUUGCAAACUAUAGCAGACUUGAUGCUUUUACCACCACCUGGUUCUCCUUUACAACAAGCUGCUAUUCGAUGUUGGGGCAUUAAAUUCGCACCCGCGGAUCACAUGUUUCUUCAUAGAAGUCACGUUUUUAGUAACAUUAGUAAAAUACUUUCGAGAUCCGAGGAAGAAGAAGAUAUUGCAAUAAGCAUGCAUGAAAGCCAUCAAUCGACUCAUUCUCAACAAGUUAAUAGCUGCGUGGAAGUUUUGAAAGAUUUAACGUGUAGUGUGGAAAUAAAAGCCUCUAGUAGACAAGCUAUGAUCGGUAGCUUGACUGAUAAUUCGACGGAAACUUUCUGGGAAUCUGGUGAUGAAGAUCGAAACAAAACUAAGACGAUUACCAUCAUUUGUGGUGCACAUUCUCUCCCUCGAAUGGUGUACAUACAUAUCGAUAAUUGUCGUGACUUAACGCACAAAGUGUCUAGUAUUACAUUUCAGUCAGGUAAUAAUGUAGAUGAAAUGAUCAAAUUGAGAACUGAAGAAAUUGAAAGUCGAUCUGCCGGUUGGAUUAGUUGUCCAGUUAUUGAUCCACAUCAUGUUAUGCUUGUUCUUAAACUGAAGGGUCCUGAUAAUUCCUUGCGAGUACGGCAAAUACGAAUCCUAGGCGAAAUUGAAGGGGAAUCUUUGAAAAUUGGAAAACAGUUGAAUGCACAAAUAAUUCAACAAAGAAAUUGUGAAGCAGAAACGUUAAAAGUGUUCCGCUUAAUUACUUCUCAAGUAUUCGGUAAGCUUAUACAAGGUGAACAACCACAACAGCAAAUAGAUAAUACGGAAGGUUCUAACGAAGACUUGGAAGAUAGCAACGAUCUUCGCGAGCACAUGGUUGGAAUUUUGUUCAGCAGAAAUAAUUUGACGCAUUUACAAAAACAAGUCUGUACACAUAUUGUUCAAGCUAUUCAAAAAGAGACUCUUCGUCUGAGAGAAGAAUGGGAGACGCUAUUAUGUUCUCCAACUUCUGCUAAUAGUUUGUUGAGUGAUAACAGUGAUUUGCCUAAGGCAGCGGAUACAUAUUGCUUUGAAAUGUUAUCUAUGGUGCUAGCUUUAAGUGGUAGUUCCGUAGGACAGUAUUAUCUGUCACACCAGUAUGGAUUGUUGAAAGAUUUGUUGAGUUUGUUACAUACUGGAUCAGCAAGAGUACAACGCCAAGUAACAUCUUUGUUGAAGAGAAUUUUACCAGAAAUUAAGCCAGAAACAUUAGCUAAUGUUAUCGGUGUCAAACGAUUGCCACCCACAGAUUUUAGUAUUGUAUCCGCGGCAAAUAAUGGUUUACCGCAAACUACGGAAUUUGAUGAACAUUCCCCAGGAAUUCUCGAUGUUUUCUUAAGUUGCAUUGCUAAAGCACUGACUGUUCAAGUUAAAGUAAAAGGGAAAGAAAAUGGAAAAGUUUUGCAAACUACUUCAUUAGCUACUAGUAUUCAUCCCAAAAGUCAAGUUGAAGCAAGAUGGUGGUUAAGAGGGUGUAUGACUCGAAAGUUAGCAGAAGUGAUUAUUCAACUUUUGAAAGAUAUGGCGUCGGGAAAAUUAUCAGAAGCUUGGGCAUCUGUAACUAAAGCAGCGGUAGCAGAAAAUAUUCUAAAUCUCACCAGAUUGGAUGAAAGAAGUCGUGACCCGACAGAAUGCCUCAAAACUCCAACUUUGUGGCUCGCCCUUUCUUCUUUGUGUGUAUUGGAUUCUGAUCAUGUUGAAAGAUUAUCUUCUGGUCAAUGGAGCGGUACCGAAGGGCAACCACCACCGCCUAGACCAAAAUGUAAUAAUCACGAUGAUGGUGAAACAACAGCAAUCAUCCAAUGCAACAUUUGCGGAAACUUAUGUCCAGAGUGUGAUAAAAUUUUGCAUUUACAUAGGAGAACACGAUUGCAUAUAAGACAAGUUUGCAAAGAAGAAGAAGAAGCGAUACGCGUAGACCUUCACGAGGGCUGUGGUCGAACAAAAUUAUUUUGGAUUUUAGCUCUAGCCGACAGUAGAACGUUAAAAGCAUUGGUAGAGUUUCGUGAUGGUUCACCAAGGAAACCUGUUGGCGCUACAUCUGGAAUGUGUAGAUUUUGUGGUACUACUGGUAAUACAGGGCUGCUAGCGGUAGGGAAUAUUUGUGCGGAUCACGACUGCCAAGAGCACGGUAAAAAUGCGUGCAGCAAAGUACAUGUGUGUGGACAUAUAUGUGGAGGUGUUCGAAACGAGAAUAUCUGUCUACCUUGUCUACACAGAUGCCUACCGGGCACUGAUCUGAAACAAGAUGCUGACGACAUGUGUAUGAUUUGCUUUACCGAAGCUUUAUCUGCUGCGCCUGCGAUUCAGUUACAAUGUGGGCACGUAUUCCAUUUGCAUUGCUGUAGGCAUGUUUUAAUGAAGAGGUGGGUGGGACCUAGGAUAACUUUCGGAUUCUCUCUUUGUCCAAUUUGUAAAGUUCCGAUGGAACAUCCUACUUUGGCGGAUCAAUUGGCUAGUAUAAAAGAACUCUAUGAAGAUGUCAGAAGAAAGGCCUUAAUGCGAUUAGAAUAUGAAGGGCUGCACAAUUAUGACAGGGCCGAAGUAGCAUUUGGAUCAGGUGCAAGAUAUUACCAAGAUCCUGCUACAUACGCAAUGGCACGUUAUGCAUAUUAUGUCUGUUAUAAAUGUCAGAAGGCCUAUUAUGGUGGUGAAGCACGAUGCGAUGCACAAGUAGGCGGAGAAACGUUCGAUCCCACAGAAUUAGUGUGUGGAGGUUGCAGCGACGUGGCAAGGGCUCAGAUGUGUCCGAAGCACGGAGCAGACUUCCUAGAGUAUAAGUGUCGUUAUUGUUGCUCGGUGGCAGUCUUCUUUUGCUUUGGAACUACACACUUCUGUAACCCCUGCCACGACGACUUCCAACGAGUCACCACCAUUCCAAAGAACGAUUUGCCUUCGUGCCCUGCAGGAUCUAAAGCAAGACAACUCGAGGGGGACGAAUGUCCAUUACACGUGAAACAUCCACCAACUGGAGAAGAAUUCGCUCUCGGCUGUGGCAUUUGCCGCAACGCGCAUACUUUCUAAAAAUCUUCAAAAUCUAUGAUCUACGAAAUCUAUCUAUUAACAUAUUUGAUACGGGACAUAGCUCUUAUACGAGCUACAUUCGGCACGAUAACAGAGACUCUUAAAACUUUGUUGAGUCUUAUUCAUGCAGUAUAUAUUAAUAUGACUAAACGGAUAUAUAGUUCGAUAUAACCAUCCUCAUAAUUAUGAAUAUGUGUAUCGAAGUGCUAUGUGUAUAUUGAUUUUUAAGAAUUCUUAUAAUGAUCGCAAAGGUGGAAUUGAUGCAAUAUAAUGAUGCAAGAGGAAUGAAAUAGAUAAAACUGAAUCUAGCUACAAUCAUAAGUGAAGAUCUGGUGAUGCGUGAAACUAUAUUUGUUAAGUAUUACGUAAGUCGUUUUUAUUGGUAUUUUAUUGGUAAUUAUUAUUAAACGCAUAGACGCGGAAGAAAAUUUGUGCGUAUAUUAAACUUCCAUUCAAAGCUAAUAAAAAAAAAAAAAAAAAAAAAGAAAA